CGGAAAUGACGUCAAACAAAGAUGGCUGCGCACACAUGCUGUCAAAGAUGUGAAAACUUAGUAUGUUGAUGUAUUAUAACUUUUUGACUCCGAUAUAUAUACAGCGCUUACCUGGAUACAGAAUGGGCUGGGAAAUGAAGACGAAAAUAUUACAACAUAAAAAUGUUUAAAACGGUUUAUUUGUUAAUAUUAAAAAGUAUAACAGAGCCUCUAGAUAGUUAAUGCUAGGAGGUCAUCACCGGCUGCUGAUCAAAUUCAUGUAUAAUUUAAGGAUGUGGAAUCAGAUCGGUGUGAAAGUGAUCCACAAUGCUCCGAAUUUUAUACGGGGAUUUUGUCAGAGAUGUGUUAAAGAAACCUUUGCAUCAAGUCAGAGAUAUCAGAGAAAAACCUCCUUGAUGUCCAGUACCAUACACACCCGCUGUGCCUCUACUCCACCGUGGAGAGUGUUGUUCUUCGGCAGUGAUGAUUUCGCUGUAGAGUCUCUGAAACGGCUUCAUGAUUCUCGAGGAGAGGGAGCUGAGUCCGUGGUGGACACGCUGGAGGUUGUCACUUUGUCCAGUAAUGUCCCUGUGCGGAAGUUCGCAGAGAAGCACGAGCUCCGGGUUCACGAGUGGCCCGAGGUGCAGUCCAGUGGGCAGUUUGAUGUCGGGGUGGUGGUGUCAUUCGGUUGCCUGCUUCAGGAGAGCCUUAUCAACACAUUCCCAUAUGGGAUCCUCAACGUGCACCCUAGUCUCCUGCCUCGGUGGCGUGGACCUGCGCCUGUUUUUCACACGAUUCUGCACGGAGACAAACUCACUGGAGUCACCAUCAUGCAGAUUAGGCCAAGAAGGUUUGACGUUGGUCCCAUACUCAGUCAGAAGCUUUAUGAAGUCCCUGAAAACAGCACAGCCAAUGAGCUCGGAGGCUCGCUGGCUGCUCUGGGAGCCGAGCUGUUAAUAGACACACUAAGAAACCUACCAGAACGAAUAGCAAAUAGGACAGAGCAGGCCAGAGAGAGGGCUACAUUUGCUCCUAAAAUCAACUCUGUCUUGAGUUGGCUCGUGUGGGAAGAGCAGACGUGUGACGAGAUCGAUCGACUCUAUCGUGCUAUAGGAUCUCGGGUUCAUUUGAGAACAAUCUGGAUGGGCUGUGCCAUCAAACUUCUCGACUUUGUUGGAAAAUGCAGCGUGCCAUUAACAGAAAAUUCAAAUUUCACCGCAAUCCCCGGGUCCAUACAUUAUCAAAAGGAAUCCAACAUAUUGUCAGUCUGCUGCAAGGACGGCUGGGUCGGAUUCAAAACUGUAAUGUUAAAGAAAAGAUUAUCAGCAGCAGACUUCUUCAAUGGCUAUCUUCACCAGAGUGUCUUGAAGAAAUCGCAAUCCCAGAACAGCUGCCGGUUUCAGAGCUACAGAGAGAAAACCCGACAGAAUUCUACAUCGUUACUCCGGAAUAAGACAAGUCGUUAAAGACACAUGAGACAUUAUGUAAUUUAUUAAAGACAGUGCUAAUAAUAAUGGAGGCGAUAAUUGUCUGUUGUAAGACAUGUUUGUGGCACUGUGUUAUUGUACAAAUAGUGUAAAUUUGGUGUGUGUAUAGACUGAUGAAUGUGUUUAUUUUAACGAAGCAUCAGCUUUGAACUGAUUUGUGUGAUUGUCGCUCACACAGUUUGAGCAGUAACAAUGAAAAUGCUGGCCCAAUGACUUUUCACACUAAUGUCAGAAUAAUACAGCAAGUUCUAUUAUUAAAUUAAACACAUCUACUUUAAUGAAAUAUAAAGU